CUUAUUCUAAAACCCAAGGAUGUUUCUCAGGAAGAACUUUUGGAUAUAACUGAUCAAUUGAACAUGGACCCAAGAGUCAGUGGUAUAUUAGUUCAGUUACCACUGCCAGGCCACGUGGAUGAACGAACAGUAUGUAAUGGAAUCGCCCCAGAAAAAGAUGUAGAUGGAUACCAUAUUAUCAACAUUGGAAGACUGUGCCUUGAUCAGCAUUCUCUCAUACCUGCAACUGCCAGUGCUGUGUGGGAAAUAAUCAAAAGAACAGGAAUUGAAACAUUUGGGAAAAAUGUGGUUGUGGCUGGAAGAUCCAAGAACGUAGGGAUGCCCAUCGCCAUGCUCUUACACACCGACGGAGAGCACGAACGGCCGGGAGGUGAUGCGACUGUGACAAUAACUCACAGAUACACCCCCAAAGAACAGUUGAAGAUCCACACUCAGCUGGCAGACAUCAUCAUCGUCGCUGCAGGUAUUCCAAAGUUGAUUACAUCUGAUAUGGUUAAAGAAGGUGCUGCUGUAAUUGAUGUCGGUAUCAACUAUGUCCAUGACCCAGUGACAGGAAAGACAAAAUUAGUUGGAGAUGUGGAUUUUGAAGACUAUAAGCUCCAAGGAGCAGUAACUAUGUGCAUCUUGCUCAAGAAACAUUUGCUGUGACUCCCGUCUGGUCCAGUCUGUAGCAUGUGCGGGAACAGUGAACAACUAAGGAUGGAGUAGGAAAUGAUGCAAGACAAAGACGUCGGGCCAGAUGAUAAAAGACCUUGAUUGCCAUGACAAAUAAUUUAUAUUUUGUCCUAGAGACAGUGAAGACCCAUCAAAUGUCUUUUGACCACGUGACUUCCUCUGGCCAAUGGGACAUUAGCAACUCUGAUGCAGGCAG